AUGGUUGCCCGGAAGCUCUCUCACUUUGUCUGGCUUGUUGACCAUGGCGCAAAUCCGGAGCUACAAGUGCCAGGCCUCGUGGCCGGUUUCACGACAACCCACGCAAUCAUGCACUAUAUCAAAUGUGGGGAAACUUUUGAUAAGUUCAAAGAGCCCCUGGGUGGUGCAACAGAACGAUUAUUGCAAGACCCUUCAUUCGUUGACGACUGUUUGUGCAAACCAAGAGACAUCGAUGCGGAAGAGAGGCAAGAGCUUUGGGAGGAAGACGCUCUUUCCGUCAAGAAACUUCAUGCGCUGCUUCCCGAAUUUGAGGAUAAGCUUGCGGAGAUGGGGUGCGGCUUGUACCAGUUCUUCGAAACCUACUGGAAAGAUAGGAUGGUUCGGGUUUUGGCGGAGAUGAGGGAAGAAUCCCUCUCAGAGGAAAACAUUGAGGGCAUCAGAGAGCUUGGGAUCUUGCUCACUGACGAAGACGACGAGAGUGAUGUCAGCGAGUUUCCUUGGACAUCCUUUGAACAAGCCGAUACCGAGCGUUGUAUCAGAGAGCUGGAUGCAUUGAUGGAAUGA